UGUUUCUUGUCGUUUCGCCAUUUUAAGCCUUCGACCCCAAUCUGCCUUUAUUCUCGGCCUUCAUAUCUGUCUACAUAUCCAGAUCUUCAAUUUUCUUUUCGACUAACCCUCGAUUUGUCUUAUACCGUUCCAAUGUCCGAGCCGGGAACGCCUUAAGAAGCCAAGCCAGUGAUGACGCUGAUCUAUCGAGUAAAUCGGCCGAUGCUCGCUCUUCGCACGCAUUUACCAAUCCGUCCCAGCUAAACGACAUCGACACCGCAUUAGAAGAAUUGAUCACGAUUAUCGCUGGAGCGAGAUCUGCAGCUUCUUUUGCCUGCGGUGGUACGAUCCCGAUCUCCAAGACUGAUACUAAUGACGGCGCAAAUAUAGCAUCAACUGCCCCGCUGGUGAAGGUUUACUGGUCUCUUCAAGAAGAGAUAAAUGCUAGAAAGGUUGUUCUUCUGUUGGAUCAUACGUCGGCAGAUUCUAGCCUUGCUGCUCUGAAGCAGCUCGUGUUGGAAUGCUCUCCUGCGACCUUUGGGAGGGGCAAUGAGGAUAUUCUGGAUCACAGCCAUAGACAGACGGGAAGAUGGAGCCAGCGAAGUUUGCAACUACCUUCCAUCCGGCGGACUUCUGCAUCGUAAAUCUGGUCGAACGGAUUUUGGUACCCAGCGUCAGCGAUGAUGCAGAAUAAUUCUUUGGCGGGUCGCGCAAUAUCUGCUGAGCUCUACAAACCGAAUGUCUACUCCUGCCCCUCUGGACUCUUCCAGAGCCAUGUGGAUACACAACAUUCUGUCAGACAGGUGGGGUCCUUGGUUACCUGCCUCCCAGCCGGUUUCAAAGGGGGCAACCUUCUCGUCCGCCACCAGGGCAAGGAUGUUGAUUUUGACUGGGCGCCCAAAAGUGCAACUGCUAUCCAAUGGGCUGCUUUCUACAGCGAUUGCUCCCAUGAAAUCAAAACGGUCACAGAGGGGGAGCGGCUUAUCCUCACCUAUAACCUUUACGUGACGGAACCAGAACGUGCCUCUACAGUCAUCCCAAAUUCCUCGGUAGAACUGUGGACUCUUCCAAUCUAUGGCCAGCUUGAUGCACUCUUCCGGAAUCCUCAGUUCUUCCCUAAUGGUGGUGUUUCUGGGAUCUACUGUGCUCAUGCAUAUGCAUAUGCGCAUACAUCGGAGGAGGCUUGGAUAAACCUUCCAAGAACAUUUAAAGGCUCCGACUUAGGUUUCUACUCAGUUCUUAAUGCGUUAGGCGCGACAGUAGAGAUUCUGCCCGUUCUUGGGCAUAGGAAAGAUAAUUAUUACUAGGAUACCGACCAUGAAUCCGAAGAUAGUGAAUUAGUUGGAACGGGGCUCCACGCUCAUCAAAUGUCAUGCUUCAGCACGGAGUCUCACUCUUUAAACGAUGCCAGUGCCCCAUAUUAUUGGACUACACUCUCACCGUCCUAUCCUUGAGCUCACAUAGGUUCCAGAUUGUUUGCGAUGAAUGGCCUCACGACAGAGUGACGGGAAUUACGUGGUUAACAGGACAGAAGCACUGGGAGAAGGCACUAAGCUAUAUUGCGUACGGGAAUCAGUCCACGAUCUCAACCAGAUACUGCUCGGCCGCCAUUCUUGCAAUGAUUCCUGAUUGGGAAGAGCGAUCCUCAAGCUAAUAUGAAGCAGCCGGAAAGGGAUGGUGGCAGAGAAUGGAUUUGGAAUAGGUAGGAACACGAGCCCAGCUCGUCAACUCACUGAGGACUGUAUGAGGAAAUAGGAGAAAGGCAUAGGUGGUCUACCUUUGCUACUUAGGAAGUUUGCUCUGCUUCAGAC